CGAUAAUCCUCGCGACGCCAGCAAGCUAAAGCCACAAACACCAUACGCGCGCGGAGGCGGAGCUCUCUCUCCCUCUCCCAUGGAGGCGGCCGCGCUCUCCCCCACCGCCGCCUCCCGCCCUCUCCCACUCCUCUCCACCGCGCCCGCCCGCCGCCUCCAGGCACUCCUCCCUCCCCUGCCUCUCUUCCCCCGCCGCCGCCUCCGCCCCUCUGCCCGACCCCGUGGGCUGGGCCGUGUCUGUGUGGGAGAUGGCAUGGCGAGGAGGGGCUCGGCUCGUAAGAGCGGGAUGCUCGUGAGGAGCAGCUCGUCAGUCGAAUCGGCAACUCAUGAGGUGGGCACAGCUAGUUCGGGGGAGUGGAGUGGGGGCGCCAUUCGGCGACGUUUCCUCGAUUUCUAUGCUGCACGUGGCCAUAAGAUCCUCCCCAGCUCGUCGCUUGUGCCAGAUGACCCUACCGUGUUCCUCACUAUCGCUGGGAUGCUUCAGUUCAAGCCUAUAUUCCUUGGCAAGGAACCUAGGCGUGUUCCAUGUGCCACUACCUCCCAGAAAUGUAUACGGACAAAUGACAUUGAAAAUGUGGGGCGCACAACUCGACAUCAGACCUUCUUUGAGAUGCUUGGGAACUUCAGCUUUGGUGAUUACUUCAAGAAGGAAGCAAUCACAUGGGCAUGGGAGCUGACAACCAAGGAGUUUGGGUUACCCCCAGAAAGAUUAUGGAUUAGUGUUUUUGAAGAUGAUGAUGAAGCAUUUUCAAUUUGGCACAAUGAGGUUGGUGUACCAAAAGAGCGGAUAAAAAGGUUGGGCGAGGAGGAUAACUUUUGGACUAGUGGUGCAACUGGACCCUGUGGCCCAUGUUCUGAAAUUUAUUAUGAUUUCUAUCCUGAGAAAGGAUCCUCAGAUGCGGAUUUGGGUGAUGAUAGCCGAUUCAUCGAAUUCUAUAAUCUCGUCUUCAUGCAAUUCAACAAAAAGGAUGAUGGAUCACUUGAACCAUUGAAACAAAAGAACAUUGAUACAGGGAUGGGCCUUGAGCGUAUGGCACGUAUUCUUCAAAAGGUUCCAAACAACUACGAGACAGAUUUGAUUUUCCCAAUUAUUGAAAAGGCAGCAAGCAUGGCAAUAGUGUCCUACAGCACAGCUGAUGAUGCUAUGAAGACAAAUCUUAAAAUUAUUGGGGAUCACAUGAGAGCAGUUGUUUAUCUCAUAUCAGAUGGGGUCAUCCCCUCGAACAUUGGGAGGGGAUAUGUUGUCCGAAGGCUUAUAAGAAGAGUAGUUCGAACUGGUAGACUGAUAGGUAUAAGAGGUGAUGGGCAUGGAAAUUCAGAAGGUGCCUUCUUACCUUCACUAGCUGAGGUAGCGAUUGGUCUUAGCAUGGAGAUAGAUCCAGAUGUUGAAUCUAGACGGAAAUCAAUUCUUGGAGAACUUCAAAGGGAGGAGCUGCGAUUUGUUCAGACUUUGGAAAGAGGUGAAAAGUUAUUAGAUGAACUUCUGGAUGAGGCAUUAUUAAGUGCUGGUAAUAAUGGCAGUAAGCCUUGUCUAUCUGGAAAAGAUGUUUUUCUUCUCUACGAUACAUAUGGUUUUCCACUAGAGAUUACAGAUGAAAUAGCAGGUGAACGGGGUGUUAGUGUUGACAUUAAGGGAUUUGAUAUUGAAAUGGAAAACCAACGGAAACAAUCUCAGGCUGCUCAUAAUGUAGUUAAACUUUCUGUAGGAAAUGAGACUGAGAUUGUGAAGAGUAUCCCUGAUACUGAAUUUCUGGGAUAUGACUCUCUUUCUGCAACUGCUGUUGUUAAAGGUCUUUUAGUUAAUGGAAACCCAGUGAGCGCAGUUUCAGAAGGUUCUGAUGUAGAAAUAGUAUUAGAUCGGACACCAUUUUAUGCUGAAUCAGGUGGUCAAGUGGGGGAUAAUGGUUUCUUAUAUGUUUACGGAGAAGAUGCAAAACAAAAGGCAGUCAUAGAAAUCAAUGACGUCCAAAAGUCCCUGGGGAAUAUCUUUGUUCACAAAGGCACAAUUAAACAGGGGUCAGUAGAGGUAGGGAAGGAGAUUGAUGCUGCUGUUGAUGCAAAAUUGAGGCAGGGGGCUAAGGUCCAUCAUACUGCAACACAUCUCCUACAAUCUGCUCUUAAAAGUGUCAUUGGUGCAGAAACAUCACAGGCAGGAUCCCUUGUGGCAUUUGACCGUCUGCGAUUUGACUUCAAUUUCCAUCGCCCCCUUUCUGAAGAGGAAUUAAUGAAAAUUGAAUCACUUGUAAACGAGUGGGUUGGCAGUGGUACACAUCUCGAGACAAAAGUGAUGAAUCUGCAGGAUGCAAAAAAUGCUGGUGCAAUUGCUAUGUUUGGAGAGAAAUAUGGCGAGCAGGUCAGAGUUGUAGAGGUCCCUGGGGUAUCGAUGGAACUCUGUGGUGGAACUCAUGUGAGUAAUACUGCUGAGAUUCGUGGUUUCAAGAUUAUCUCAGAACAGGGAAUAGCUUCUGGAGUCAGAAGGAUUGAGGCAGUUGCAGGUGAUGCAUUUGUUGAGUACAUUUGUGCCCGUGACAACUAUAUGCGGCGCUUAUGCUCAUCUCUUAAGGUCAAGGCUGAAGAUGUGAACAGCAGAGUAGAAACGAUUCUUGAAGAACUAAGAUCAGCCAGAAAUGAAGUAUCAUCUCUACGCAGCAAAAUCGCAGUGCUUAAAGCAGCAUCCCUUGCAAGUAAAGCUACAAACGCUGAUAACGUGAGAGUUGUGGUUGAAAACAUGGGGGAGGUGGAUGCCGACGGUCUGAAGAGCGCUGCAGAGUAUCUCGUGGACGCCCUUGAAGACCCUGCCGCUGUGAUCUUAGGUUCAAGCCCGGGUGAUGGCAAAGUCAGCUUGGUUGCGGCCUUCAGCCCGGGCGUCGUCAAGAUGGGAAUCCAGGCAGGGAAGUUCGUCGGCGGGAUCGCCAAACUCUGCGGCGGAGGCGGCGGUGGCAAGCCCAAUUUUGCCCAGGCUGGUGGACGGAAGCCGGAGAACUUGCCAGGUGCGCUUGAGAAGGCACGUGAUGAAAUUGUUGCUGCCAUAUCGUCAAAGUCAAGCUGAUUUUUGUACUGAACCGUGUACAUAGGAAAUAGAACAGCAUUACGGCCAUAUGGUUCACAGGGGCAGUAAAUUUUUUGUCAACCAAUA